AUGCGUGCUCGCACUCUUCUUUUGCUUGUUGUCCUCGCCAUCGCCCUGUGGGUCAUCACCCGCAAGGUCUUCAAACCCACCAAUGCCCGCAUGCUCACCUCGCACUUUGCCCACAAGCGCAUCGCGCUCAUCAUCGCCCACCCCGACGACGAGGCCAUGUUCUUCGGCCCGACCCUGAACGCCCUCCGCCAGCUCGCGCUCGACACCAACGGCGGCGCGUCCGGCCUGCCCGACAUCAACCUCCGCCUCAUCUGCCUCUCGACCGGCAACGCCGACAACCUGGGCGACACCCGCACCGGCGAGCUGCGCGCCUCCGCCGCAAAGUUCGGCGUCCCGCCCUCGAACGUCGUCAUCUUUGACGACCCGCGCGUGCAGGACCAGAUGGGCGUCACCUGGCCUGCCGAGGCCAUCGCCGAGCUCGCAGCGCCCUACCUCGCCGACGUCGACGUCGUCCUCACGUUCGACCCGACCGGGGUCUCGGGACACGGCAACCACGUCUCGCUCAACAAGUACGUGCAGGAGUACCUCGUCGACGGCGAGGCCGACGCCCGCCGCGAGGUGUGGACGCUGCGCACCGUCAACGUGCUGCGCAAGUACAUUGCCUUCUUCGACAUCCUCGUCACGUACACCUACAACCAGUUCUUCACCGACAACGCGCGCUCGCUCGUGCUCGUCAGCGACGUGCACCAGUACGCUGUCACCCGACAGGCCAUGACCGACGCGCACAAGAGCCAGAUGCGGUGGUUUAGAUGGGGUUGGAUCUCGCUGAGCCGGUAUAUGGUCGUCAACGACCUCCAGCUGUCGGUCAAGCAGGAGGAGUAA